AUGGGUGGGAUGGGACGCCGCAAGUCGCCAACGCCAAGUCGCAGCGGUGAUUUAAUUGAAAUUACGACAAAAACCAAAAUACCAACAAACAUGAGCGCGCCGCGUUCACGUCGUGUACAAGCUCAAAGAAAGUUUGCUCAGGGUGCGUACGUACCUCCAAAUCCAGCAGCGGUGGCAGCCGUGGACAACAGACGCGAUGCCGCCCAAGACACGCGCAAUGUGACCAUCAAUAACAUGACAGCAUCCAACUUGCUCGACGUGGUCUCACUUCAAGGUGUAGCAGGUCCGCAAAAUAGGACAUUAGGUCUUCAUACCCACUUGCAACCAGUAGUGGUUGUAGAGAGACUCCGUCAAACAAAUCCAUGCAGAGAUGAAAAUAUAGAAAAUGUUUCUAAACCUCAAGAACUUGUUAACGAUGACACAAAUAGUACUCUUUCUGUGGACAAUGAAUGUUGUACAAGAGAUAUGCAACAGCGGCUUGAGAAAAGUCCUAUAAGCAUUAAGUGUGGUCCUUAUAAUGCACAUUUGAAUAGUAAUAAAUAUGAAUAUACAAAUGGUCAUGUAGUUGAAAAGGGUGGUAAUACUUGUCCUUAUGUGAAAGUAACUUCUGAAAACAACAACCAAGAACCUCAGACUAAUGAACAACACAAUUCAAACAAAGAAAUUGCUACUAAAGUCACAGAGCCUUGCGCUACCGUCAAAGAGUAUAGUGGGAAGAGUAAAGAACUUCUUAAGGAUUCUAGUACAAAAGUCAAAACAAAUACUAAAGGAAAAGCGAAUACUAAAGACAAAACAAAUACUAAAGGAAAAGCCUAUAAUAAACAUAAAAUCGGUACUAAAGGUAAAGGAUCCAGUGCCAAAGCUCAUAGUGGUAAUAAAGUAUUCAAUAAUAAAGGCAAACAGCCCAGAAGUAAUGACGACAAUUCAUUAGCCGCUGUCCUGAGGGCCUUACAAAAGACUAAAGAUAAUAAUGUACUAAAAACACAUGCAAUGUCUUUGCGCCAACGGCGUUUAAGCAACGGUAGAGUCUGCGCAACUACCGCCAAAAGGUUAAAAGCAUUAAAAAGUAAAAACAUACCGAAUAGAAAGAAAACUGAAUCACCUAAUCGUUAUUCUCCGUCAUCAGAAUUCUCUAUCGAUGAUAAUCGACCAUUGACAUAUUACGCCCAGAAUAACAAAGCCAAUAAAAAAUCAACAAAGAAACGAAGCCAUACUAGUGACACUCUAAAUUCAGAAGUGGUACAUGUUGAACGGAGUUAUCCAAAGAGAAUGAUGUUAGACCUAUAUGUGCCACCCGUGCCAGACCCGAUACAUAGCCAUCCGGCAGAACCUGUCGCUGGACCCAGUGGACUACAAAAGACAAUAUUGGAGCCCGUGGCGGGACCUAGUGGGCUGCAAAAAGUAACAAUAGAACCAGUAGCCGGGCCUAGUGGGCUACAAAGGGUAACGUCUGCACCAGUGGCGGCGCCAAGAGGGCUGCAAAGGGUAACAUCUGCACCAGUGGCCGGUCCUAGUGGGCUGCAAAGGGUAACUUAUACACCAAUGGUGGGACCUAGAGGGCAGCAAAGCGUAACUUCUGCACCAGUGGCGGGCCCUAGUGGGCUACAAAGAGUAACAUCUGCACCAUUGGCGGGACCUAGUGGGCUGCAAAAGAUAACAUCUGCACCAGUGGCAGGGCCUAGUGGGCUGCAAAAAUUAUCUUCUGCACCAGUAGCAGGGCCUAGUGGGCUGCAAAGGGUAACAUCUGCACCAGCGGCGGGGCCCAGUUGGCUGCAAAGGGUAACUUCUGCACCAGUGGCGGGGCCCAGUGGGUUACAAAAAAGAGUGUUACGGAAUUCUGGAGUUUCCAGGGGUCAGAGCAUCGAGUCACAAGAACAAGACAUAAAAGUUUUAAAAUGCUUUACAAUACCUCCUUGCUUCGCGGAAAAAUGGCGUACUGUACAACAAGUCAUUAAUGCACCUAAAGAAGAAAUGGACAGUCGCUGUACCCUAUGUGUUGCGUGUUCAAGAAUAGAUAAACUAACACAAUUGUCAAAACUACUUUAUCGAUUUGAUUUAACUGGAACCAAUCAAACAUCCAUAGAAUCGGAACCUGAAAAUGAUGAUGAGUCCGAGAAUGAUGACCCUAAGCCGCCAGAAGAAAAUACUGGCCAUAUAUAUCUCGAUCUGCUUCCGAAACAUCCGCGUCUCAUGAUGAAACUCCGGAUACACGAGGUCCAUGGAAAGCAACUUCUGUCAGCUUGCUUGAUACCAAAGAAUGAUGCCCGUAAAAAUAAUGAGGAUUUCUUGCUUGAAGAAAAGGAACACCUAUUAGACCAACUAAUAAAUACUCUAUCUAUCAGUUUACCCAGUGACAUGUUGAAAAUUGGAAAUUCUCCGACAGGAAGUUCAUUUGAAUGUCUUCAAGGUAUAAUAUCUAACCUGGACCAUGAAAACGACCCUGAACGUGCAAAUCCUAUUGGUGAACCCCGAGCUAACGUUGAGGCAUUCUGUGCUAACGUAGAGGAACCCCAAGCUAUUGUUCAGAGUCGGAUUGUUGAGCGCCACACUCUAAACAACGUGUAUGAAGAAGGUGACGACGCCGACAAUGACGUUAAUUCCGACGAAGAGGAAGGUAACUACGGCGGAGAAGGGAAUGAACGGAUUAGUGCUGAAGACUUAAACGAAUGUAGCGCAGACACUGUUCAGACGCAUGCUGUAGGCGGCGCAAUGCAGGAUGGUCCAGUAUUUAGACCCACAAAGGAAGAGUUUCAAAAUCCUAUGGAGUAUUUUAUGAAGAUUUGGGACGAAGCGUGUGAAUUCGGUAUUUGUAAAAUAAUUCCACCUCCAGGAUGGAGACCGAAGUGUCAGAGUUGUGAUGGUAUCAGAUUCGACGUGGCAAAGCAGUUUACAUCUCGAAUGUUCAACCGGUGGGGAACAGCAAUGCGAGAAUUGGCAUGUAUAAAGUAUUGUGUCUCGCAGUCAACUAGUAUUCCUUGGACCACGCCAACGGUUGGAGGUAUGGAAGUUAAUUUACCUAAGUUAUAUCAUAGCGUGCAACGACACGGUGGACUAGAACUUGUCCUUAAUAAAAAACGUUGGGGCAAAGUUGGACGCGACAUGAACUUGUCUAUGAGUAUAAACUAUCUAAAUAGACUGGAUCAUCUCUACUCGAAGUACCUUCUACCCUAUGAUUCUCUUUCGCCAACUGAAAGAAGGGAGAUCUUUGGAUUGAUUGAAAAGGCAUGGACUCGAAAAAAUCAAAGGCUGUUGGACCGCGCACUGAACCCCUUUCGUGCGCAGAAUCGUUUGAUGGGGUUAAAUGACAUUCAGGAAGAACCGGAAGAACAGUCUCUAGUCAUGAAUGCUGUCAAAGAGGCAGAAGAUUGCAUCGUGCGAGGCCCAAUCAUGAACUACACUAGAUUUAAAGAACUCGCCGAGUCUACAUACAGUGUCAUUUAUGGUUUUGGUACCAAUAGAGAGAACAAUCCUAUGACUCUUGAACAGAAAGAAGAGUUGUACUGGCGCUAUGUGACUCAGGGCAACGAGCAUAUUUGUGUCGCCACCGCCGCUAUUGAUACUGGUUCCGACCCUUCGCGAGGAAGUAGCCGUACGUUAACCUUGAAGGAUAUUAGCCAGAAUAAAGACAAUAUCCUUCGCUUCCUGGGCGCUGUGUCCGGUUUAACUGCACCCACUUUAAACCUAGGGAUGGCAUUUUCAACAAACUGUUUCUACUUGGACCCCCACGCUGUGUCGUGGCUGGACUUAUUAUAUAAAGGAGAUCCAAGAAUAUGGUAUGCGAUUCCAGCCAAGCAGACUGAGAACUUUAAGAAGGCAGUUAGCUCUCUCUGUCCUUCUUUUUGUCAAAGGAAAUCUCUGUGGCUCUCGACAGAUAUAGCUAUGAUACCGCCCCACCUUCUUCGAGAGUUCAAUGUGUCGGUGACGCGCGUCGUACAGGAAGAAAAUGAAAUAAUACUGGCUUUUCCCUACUGUUACACCUCCUCUAUAAACACGGGCUAUUCCGAAUCAGAGAGCAUUUAUUUCGCACCGCUUUCCUGGCUAAAUACCGCCUACGACGUGUUCAAGGAGGCUCGUGAAAAUUGUGAGCCUACAAUGUUCUCGCUCGAAGAGCUGCUAUUGCGAAUAGGCAAAGCGAGUUGUGUGGACAUGGCCACUCUCAAAGUUGCACAGCCGAUUUUUGAUAAAGUCUUGAGAGAUGAGAUCACAAAGAGGCUUAUUUUGCAAGAGAGAGGCAUCAAAAUCGUGCACCAGCCUGAUAUUCCUAAACCAAAAAAUACGGGUCGACGCAGAAGACGAAACAGAACAUUCAUUCAAGAAGAAUGUGAAUACUGUAGAGCUACACUGUUCUUCUCUAAGGUUGUCGGUUUAGUGCGCAACUCCUAUCUAUGCUUAGAACACGCACUAAAAUUAUUGACCGUUAAGAAGAUGAUUAUAACUGAUGAUAUGCAGAUUGUUACGAAAGUAACAAUUGAAGAACUAAAUAAUGUCAACGAUGACAUGAAAAGACGAAUUGAACAUGGCUAUGUGGUACCAGAAGUCAUCAUUGAUUAA